AUGCCGGCCAAGACCCCCAUCUACCUGAAGACCUCGACCCCCAAGCGGGGCAGGAAGCGGCGGCUGCGCGACGUGCUCUCCAGCGACAUGAUCAGCCUGCCGCUGGGCGACUUCCGGCACAGCGCGCACAUCGGCCUGGACGGCGAGGGUGACAUGUUCGGCGAGCUCUCCUUCCUGCAGGGCAAGCACGACCUGCUGCCGCAGCUGGGCCACCGCGGGGGCUGCUCGGGGGCAGCCGGCGACUCCUUCGGCCGCUGCCCGGCGGGCGCCUCCUGCCACGCGCUCCUGAGAAGCGCCACCUCCUUGCCCGUCUUUGGGGGGUCCCCGGGCCAGGAUCAGGCCCCGCCGAAGCCGCCGCGCCUGCACCUCGAGGAGCUGCCCAGCGGGGGGCAGCAGCGCUCCAUGUCCGUGAGCUGCGCCGAGGGGGGGCGCUUCCGCAGCGGCGCCGAGAGCCUCGCCUUGGCCGGCAGGGCGCCCCGCGCCCCCGCGCCGCUGUCCUGCUCCGCCUCCUUCGCUGCGCCGCCGCUGGAGGGCGGCCCCCCCGCGGACAGAGCGGCGUGCGCGGCCCGCUGCGGCGUGGAAGUGCCCCGCUCCGAGUCGCUCCUGCGCCUCGACCUCGACCUCGACCUCGACCUCGGCCCGCCCAUUCUGGACGACGUCCUGCGCAUCAUGGAGGAAUACCGGCAGCCCGCCCGCAGGGCCGUCUAG